AAGUCCGACCGAGCGACUCCACUAGCGCAGCGCUCUGCCAGCCGGACUGGUGGUCGCCGUCGAGUAUCUCGAGGUCAGCGAGGGCGGACUGCCCCGAUGCGCGCUAUCGGCCUCGCUUGUCGGACAGCGUCUGCGCGGAAUGAUUAGACAUGGCGGAUCAUCCUCCGGGAAGCGACCGGUUUCCGCCCGCACUCUGCCCGCGAUACCCGCUCGCGCCGACUCGUGACCACCGGGAGAAAGCGGGAGAGCUGCAGUCUCGCACAGUCGCUGCGCCGACGCCGCCGACGCUAUGAAGACGUCUCCGCUGGUUCUGGUCUCCUGCGCUCUGCUUCAAGUGGUCGCGCCAAACGGCACGUCCAAGACGAAGAAGAAAGGCUUGCACGUUACCCCGACGCAGGGCCAAGCGUGGCCUUAUCCGAAGGAAAUUCAAACCGGGCUCGAGGUCUUUCUUAUAGACCCCAAGAGCUUCCAGCUGGUCCUGCGAACCCCCCAGGGGGCCCCGUGUGAACUGGCGUCGAGCGCCCUCCGCCGAUACAACCCGUCCCUCCUCUUCGGCGGCUGCACCACGAGAAGUGGCGUCCACAGCCGCUGUGCCCCAAAAGGCAGACGGGCCGAGGCCUCCUCGUCGUCCGUGAUCGGGCAGCUGCUACAGCUUGACGUCUUCCUGACUGGGCAGUGCGAGGGCAUGCCCCACUUCAGCAUGGACGAGAGUUACUACCUGACCGUGGCGCUCCAGUCGCGAGCUGCCCUGCAAGCCAGGUCCGUCUGGGGAAUCAUCAGGGGACUGGAGACCUUCAGCCAGCUUGUCUAUCCGUUCAACAAUACACACUUUGCCGUAAACCGGACCGAAAUCAACGACGCACCGAGGUUCUCUCAUCGGGGCCUUCUCAUCGACACGUCCAGGCACUUUCUACCGCUGCAUUCCAUCAUCGACACCUUGGACGCGAUGGCUUACAACAAAAUGAACGUGCUUCAUUGGCAUAUUGUGGACGAUCAGUCCUUCCCCUUCGUCAGCAGGACGUUCCCCGGACUCAGCGACUUCGGAUCCUUCAAUCCCGAAACGCACACGUACAGCCCGUCGGACGUGGCCAGAGUGAUUGAGGAAGCCAGGCACCGGGGCAUCCGGGUCCUGGCCGAGUUCGACACUCCCGGCCACACGCAGUCGUGGGGUGCGGCGUUUCCUGAUCUUCUGACCCCGUGCUACAAGGGCAGCACCCCCAAUGGCAAGUUGGGGCCCAUGAAUCCGAUUCUGAACACCACCUACCAGUUCCUGAAGUACUUCUUCGAGGAAGUCGUGGACGUGUUCCCCGACCAGUACCUUCAUCUCGGUGGGGACGAAGUGCCCUUCAACUGCUGGAAAUCUAAUCCAAACAUAACCGAAUUUAUGAAGAAGGUCAAGAUUACAGGACAGUAUCAGAAGCUCGAGGAAUAUUAUAUUCAAAAGCUGUUGAAGAUUGUUCAAGGGUUGCGCAAGAGUUACAUUGUCUGGCAAGAAGUCGUUGAUAACGGCGUUCAGGUGGCUCCAGACACGGUGGUCCACGUGUGGAAGCAGCCCCAGGAGACGGAGCUGACGAUGGUGACUGCGCGCGGAUACCAGGCCCUGCUCUCCUCCUGCUGGUACCUGGACUACAUAUCAUACGGCAGCGACUGGAAGAAGUACUACGUCUGCGACCCUCAGCGCUUCGACGGAACUGCUUCCCAGAAGGCAUUGGUGCUCGGCGGUGAAGCGUGCAUAUGGGGCGAGUGGGUUGACGCCACCAACAUCAUCAGCCGAACCUGGCCCCGAGCUUCUGCGGUCGCUGAACGACUCUGGAGUCCCGCCACGCUGACGGAUCCCGAGGCCGCGGUGGAGAGGUUCGAGGAACACCGCUGCAGGAUGAUCAGGCGAGGUCUCCAUGCUGAGCCCUCAAACGGCCCUGGGUACUGCGAGUGCGAUCAUCUGUUGUAGCAUGUUUCUCUGGACUGUACAAAAUGUUUGCUUCACCUUCUUUAGCGAUUAAUAAAAAAUGCAUUAAUAGCUCUUAUUCUAUAAAA